AUGAGAGAAAUUGUACGUACGAUUUAGUAAAAAAAUUGACCAUUAGACGCCGUCGAGAUCGGUGAUGCCUCUAGGACGGACGCGCCGAAGUAGGAUUUUUGGGAUGUCAGAUUACUAACAUUUUUAUAUAGAUUCAUUUGUCUACUGGUCAAUGUGGUAACCAGAUUGUAUGUAUUGAGGAUUAGAGGAAUAAGGGGACGAUUUUGCGGUGGAAUUUUUGGUUGGCGGUGGAAUCGUCCCACAUGCGAUACGCACGGAAUUAGAUACUAACAUUUUAGGGUGCUGCGUUUUGGGAGACUAUUUGUGGUGAACAUGGAUUGGAUAACAAUGGUAACUACCACGGAGAAGAUGAUCUUCAAAAAGCGAAGCUUAACGUGUAUUUUAACGAAGCGAGCUCAGGUAAAUACGUCCCUCGUGCGGUGUUGGUGGAUUUGGAACCGGGCACCAUUGACGGGGUCAAGACGUCGAACAUCGGGAAUCUCUUCAGACCCGACAACUAUAUUUUUGGCCAGAGUAG